AUGGGCAAUGCAAUGGGUUGUUGCUACCUAACAGGUGAAGGAUCAUCUGUGAAGGUAAUUUACUGGGAAGGGAACACAAGGACGCUAACAGGAAAACGAUGGUUAGCGGGAGAGCUCAUGUUCGAGUUUCCAGAUAGCAUGGUUUGUGACGCAGACUGCUUCUUCAUCGGUCACCCAGUCCCAGCGUUAUCCAUUGAUGAUCAGCUUAAUCCUGGUCAGACCUACUUUGUUCUCCCUCUCGACAUCUUUUCUUCAAAGACCCUCUCAGCUUCUUCAAUAUCAGCUGUGCUUUCUUCAACGCCUAAUCGCACCCCAAUCAAUUUCAAAGAGUGUCCUUUCGAGUACAUAAAGGGAUCGAAUGGAAGGAUGUUGAUCAAAGUAUCGCCUGAGUUUAUGACAAGAAUUCUUACCAGAAGAGGUAGUGGUGAUGGUCAAGAAAGUGAGAAUGAAAGUGGGAACGCAGUAAAUGGGUUCUUGUGUAGUACACCUGAGUUAAAGAAGCAAUACGAACAGUUGGUUGGGUCCAAGGAUCAAACCUGGUCACCUAAGCUUGAGACUAUUUCAGAGCAUAACAGGAUUAGGUAUUCUCCUUAUAGAUUGAUAGGGUUGGAACCGAAGAAGAAAGAAUACAGUGCCUAG